ACACACACACACACAGAUCUCUUGCUACUUUUAAUGAAGACAAACAACAACUUGAUGUAGAGGAAACUUCACAGCUGAGAAAGGUUGAAAGAUGAUGGCGUUUGUUGAAGAACUGCUUCUGAAGUCGCUGGAGGAAUUGGUCAAAGAUGAUCUAAAGAAGUUUCAGUGGCACUUAAAGAAACAUAAGUGUAUAUCAACAUCUGAAAUGGAGGAUACAGACCGGUUAAAAACAGUGGAUAAACUGGUGGCGUGUUUUGGACCAGAAGAAGCUGUGAAGAUCACGGUCGGCAUCCUGAAGAAUAUGGGAAUGAAUGACUUAGCUGAGCAGCUGGAGAAAGAACACAAGCAAGCUGAUAAAUCUCCAGUCCAGAUAAGCAGCAGUGCUCAGCCUGGAGCCAAUGUUGUUGAAGUGAAAGCUGAAACAGGUGCAAGUUUAAAUGCUCCUGUACUCACUGGAAGCACCUUCACUGGAACAGUUAACUUCAUCUACAGCUCACAUGCUGCAGGAAACGAUAAACUCAAAUGCUCAGAGACAGCAGAGAAUAACAGAGAAAAACAAGGCUCAGCUGCAGAGUACAGUGGAGCUACUCAUGAUGAUUACACAAAGACCUCGAAGGACAAGUUAAAGCAGGAAUGUGAGCGGAUAUUGGUUGGUAAUUCACAGACGGGUGAAAAUAAAUACCUGGAUGAUAUUUAUACAGAUUUAUAUGUGGUGGAGGAUCAGACUGGAGGAAGAAUGAAUGAACACGAGGUGAGACAGAUUGAAUCAAAACACAACCGACCGCCUGCCAAGGACACGCCGAUCCAGUUUAAAGACAUGUUCAAAGACCAUAUGGGUCGACAAAACAGAAAAGUGUUGACAGUGGGGAUUGCAGGAGUGGGAAAAACUGUCUCUGUAAAUAAAUUCAUCCUUGACUGGGCUAAAGGAAAAGAAAAUCAAGAUAUAGUCUUCAUUUUUCUACUCCCAUUCUGUAAACUGAAUUUGAUUACAGAGGAGUACAGUCUCAUGGGAUUGCUUAACACAUACUGCUUUAGUGGCUUUAAAGGGCUGACAUCUCUUCCUGAAGAUGGCAAUAAGGUCAUGUUCAUUUUUGAUGGGCUGGAUGAAUGUCGCUUCCCUUUGAGCUUUAAACAGGGUGACAGUUUUACAGAUGUUAAUAAGAAAACAACAGUGAGUAAGAUAGUUACAGCCCUAAUCAAGAGACAUCUGGUUCCCUCUGCUCUCAUCUGGAUCACAUCCAGACCAGCAGCAGCCAGUCUGAUACCCCGAGAAUACAUUGACCAGGUGACAGAGGUACGAGGAUUCAAUGAUGAGCAGAAAGAGGAGUACUUCAUCAGAAACAGCAGUCCUGAGGUUGCUGAAAACAUCAUCCGUCACAUCAGAAAAUUCAGAAGUCUGUACAUCAUGUGUCACAUCCCGAUCUUCUGCUGGAUCUCUCUCACUAUUCUUCAGCCUCUACUGGUUCAAGAGAGCAAUGACAAAACACCUACAACCCUCACAGAGAUGUACACAAACUUUUUACUUUGUCAGAAACAACAGAUGGAAACAAAAUAUUGCGAUGAUGCUGAAACUAAUCCUAAAGUCAUGUCUUUUGAUGAUAUUAUUCUGAAGCUUGGGAAACUGGCCUUUAAACAACUACAGAAAGGUAAUCUGAUUUUCUACAAAGAAGAUCUUGAGGAGUGUGGACUAGAUACCAUUGAAGGUUCUGUGUACUCUGGGUUAUGCACCCGGAUGUUUCAGGAGGAAAAAUCUAUGUCAGUGAGAAACGUUUACAGCUUCAUACAUCUCAGCAUCCAGGAAUUACUUGCUGCUCUCUAUGUGUUUUUUAAUAACAGAAACAAGAAAGCAAACCCUUUUCUUAAAUCCUGGAAAAAACUAACAUGUAUCCUGUCCACAAAGCCACUGCUUAAACUUCAUAAAGCUGCAGUCAAUGAGGCUUUACAAAGUGAGAAUGGACACCUGGACCUCUUCCUCCGAUUCCUCCUGGGUCUUUCAUUGGAGUCCAACCAGAGAUACCUGAAGGAACUACUGCCAGGACUGAAGCUCAAAACAGAGGACACCAAAAACACUGCUGACUAUAUCCACAAGAAAAUAAAGGUGGAGGAAUCAAACGAGAGGAAAAUCAAUCUGUUCCACUGCCUGAAUGAACUGAAAGAUGACUUUGCAGAGGAAAUCCAGAAGAAUCUGGGCUCUGGAAAACCUUCGGAGCAGAAUCUCUCUUCUGCUCAGUGGUCAGCUCUGAUGUUUUUGCUCCAGAUGUCAGAAGAGACUCAAGAGAAGUUUGAACUGCAGAAAUACAAAAGAUCUGAUGAAGCACUGAUGAGACUGCUGCCAGUAAUCAAAAACACCAGAAGAGCGCUGCUACAGUCCUGUAUUCUCACUGCACAGGCUUGUGAGAGUUUGUCAUCAGUUCUACUGUCAUCAAACUCUAUCCUGAGAGAGCUGGACCUGAGUAACAAUGAUCUGAAGGAUUCUGGAGUGAAGCUUCUUUCUGAUGGACUGAAGAGUCCAAACUGUCAGCUGGAGAUUCUGAGGUUACAGUCCUGUAUUCUCACUGCACAGUCUUGCGAGAGUUUGUCAUCAGUUCUACUGUCAUCAAACUCUAUCCUGAGAGAGCUGGACCUGAGUAACAAUGAUCUGAAGGAUUCUGGAGUGAAGCUUCUUUCUGAUGGACUGAAGAUACCAAACUGUCAGCUGGAGAUUCUGAGGCUACAGUCCUGUAUUCUCACUGCACAGUCUUGCGAGAGUUUGUCAUCAGUUCUACUGUCAUCAAACUCUAUCCUGAGAGAGCUGGACCUGAGUAACAAUGAUCUGAAGGAUUCUGGAGUGAAGCUUCUUUCUGAUGGACUGAAGAUAACAAACUGUCAGCUGGAGAUUCUGAGGUUGUCUGGCUGUAUGGUGACAGAGGAGGGAUGUCGUUAUAUAUCUUCAGCUCUGACUUUAAACCCCUCACACUUGAGAGAGCUGGAUCUGAGUUAUAAUCACCCAGGAGAUUCAGGAGUCAAGCUGCUCCAGGAAAAACGGGAGGAUCCAAACUGCUCACUGGACAAAUUCAAUGUGGAUAAUGGAGGAGAAUCCAGGAUUACACCAGGACUAAAGAAAUAUGCUUGUUUUUUCACACUGGAUCCAAACACAGCAAAAACUGAUCUCAUUCUGUCUGAGGAGAACAGAAACGUGACAGGUGUGCAAGAGAACCAGCCGUAUCCUGAUCAUCCAGACAGAUUUGAUGUGCGUCAGGUGUUGUGCAGAGAGAGCGUGCCUGAACGCUGUUAUUGGGAGAUUGAAUGGAGUGGAAAUUAUGGUGUGUGGAUAUCAGUGUCAUAUAAGAGCAUCAGGAGGAAGGGACGGGGUGAGGAGUGUGAGUUUGGAUAUAAUGAUAAGUCCUGGAGUUUGAUCUGCACUCCUGACAGUUACUCAUUCAGACACAAUAACAUAGAGACAGAUCUCCCUGUAGAGUCCAUCAUCAGGAGAAUAGGAGUGUAUGUGGAUCACAGAGCAGGAACUCUGUCCUUCUACAGCAUCUCUGACAAAAUGAGCCACAUCCACACAGUCCAGACCACAUUCACUCAGACGCUCUAUCCUGGGGUUGGUUUUUUUUCUUAUGGAUCAUCAGUGAAACUGCUGAUGAAUUAGAAGAGUCUCACGAGAGAUUCUACCCAUAAUUCUUUGAGCUGCAUGAAUCAGUAACAGUGGGAUGUUAUAGAGUCUCUUCAUAACAUAAAAUCAAUCUAUAUCAACAAAAUUAAAUUUUUCAAUGCAGAGGAAACACAGAAGAGGGACUUCAAUGUAUUUACCCACUGUUUAAUGCAGGACAUGAAUGCAUUUGACCUGCAGUUACAAUUGCAUGAAUAAUGUUUUGAUAUAAAAGACAUAAAAUGUUUAAUACUUAUUUGAAAAAAAAAACAUUAUUAAUAAAAUCAACAGAUACGUUAAAUGUGAAAUUAAAACUGCCAGUAGGUGUCAGAAAGUCUCUUAAUAAGUGAGUCAUUGCGAUUGAACCAAAUCAUAUAAACUGGUGAUUCUUCAGGAACGAAACACCAUCAUUGUGUAGAGAGGCAAAACUGUGCUAUGGUGGCUGUGUUUGGAAUUAUUUUUGUUGUCGAAAUAGAGCAAAAACAGGCAAUAUGGUGUCUAGAAUGCAAGUCUCAUAAUUCAAUUCUUGUUUAUUGAACUGUUGUAGAAAACAAUCUAUAUGUAAUCAUGCUGAUUUUUGAAAAUAUGGCACUGUUCAUGUGAUAUUGAUUUCCUAUAUGAAAUGAUAUAAAUAUAUACAUUUUCUGCCCCAUAUCUUCAAUUGUGUGCAUUUUAGCAGACUGAAUCAUAAAGUAAAAGAACACACUCUAAAUGUUCACGUACUAGUGUAAUCUACCAGACUUCAUUGCAUAUCGUUAGAAUAGCAAUUACAAUAUGAUCACAGACGAUAUAUAUAUCACACACGCUGCACCACUGUCUUUUUGGCUAAUUUGUGCAAAACCUUUUGCUAAACUGUCAAAGAUUAAUUUUAACCACCAAUGCAAAGAUGCAAGUUUUACCUUAAAUCUGUGUGCUUGCAAAGGGUUGAUGUCAAGAUUUUAUAAGCUGCUAGUUUGGUCUUUCUAUGCAAACACAACUUACAACUUCAUAAUAGAGCUUAAAUAUGGCCAGGGCUUCACUUCAUUUCCUUCGAGUUCGAUUAUUUGACAGCUGCAGUCAGGGAAAAUGAAAGAAAAACACUAUAGUUAAAAUAUCUAAUAUUCACAUAUGAAAGUUUAUUACUUGAAGUUAUGUGCAUUUCUUACAACAAAUUCAAGCAGGAUAAAUGUCAAGCCUGUGCCUGGGUCUGUGCUUAUAUUUUCUCUUAGCUACAUGGUAUUAAAGCUGCAGUAGGGAACUUUUGUAAAAAAGUAUUUUUUACAUAUUUGUUAAACCUGUCAUUAUGUCCUGACAGUAGAAUAUGAGACAGAUAAUCUGUGAAAAAAAUCAAGCUCCUCUGGCUCC